CUUUCAUCUCAGCCUUCUAUCCCCUCGCCGCGACUAACCAUUCUACACCGGAGGAAUAUGAUGAGUUGCUCGUGUCGCACGACAUCUUUGAAGAUUUUCGUACAGAGUCUCACUGAACUUCGACUAUCUAAUUCUACUAGGAAAAUCCAACCGCGAUAUUCGAGAGCUAGUAACUUUCAGUCGCAGUUCGCCUUUGCUAGACCUUAUAGUGUCACUGCAGCCUUAAGCUUUCCACGAAAAAUAUUGCACGGACGAACCUCGCAUUCACUAGACACCGAUCAACCCUCGGAAAUCAUACCACAAAAACAUUCGGUCAAUGCUACAGUUAAUGCUCCGGUCACUGCUACGGUCAAUGCUACGGUAGAGGAGCCCGAUGUACCAGUGCUUAAUGUCUCUGCAGACAUUUUAGAUCGGGCGAAAAGCGAAGGUGCAAUUCUUGACUUCACCCCCGAAUCUAUCGACGUCCUCGUUUCCAACUUAGACAACCCACAAACCGGUUCCCGUGGCCGGCGAGACAAACAUGCCGAGUUCGACGCCCGUCGCGAGUCGAAAUCGGACUCUGCGCCGUCCGUUGAGACCAAGAGGUUGAAGAGACUAAAGAUUAUGAAAGACAAGCCUAAGACAGCGUCUGAUACGCCACGACCCAUUAAGAAGGAACCAUGGCAAAUACAAAAAGAAAUCCUCAAGGAGAAAUUCCCAGAAGGCUGGCAGCCGCGCAAGCGGCUGUCGCCAGACGCCCUCGAAGGCAUCCGGGCGCUGCACGCGCAAUUCCCGGAGGAUUACACGACGGCGGUGCUGGCGAAUAAGUUCAUGGUGUCACCGGAAGCCAUCCGGCGUAUUCUCAGGACUAAUUGGACGCCCACUCCCGAUGAGGAGAUGGACCGCCAGCAGCGCUGGUUUAACCGCGGCAAGAACAUCUGGAGCCAGAUGGCCGCGCUUGGAAAGAAGCCGCCUCGCAAGUGGCGUCGCGAGGGCAUUGUUAGAGAUCCUUCCUGGAAUAGGCCGAGGGGACCCCGGACGCAGCCUCCAAGGCAGUCGAGGAAGUAUAGAGGGCUUGAAUAAUUAUCUUGCUUGAGAGAUAGGAAUGCCCGUAUGUUACGCCACUCAAAUAAUGGAAACCCAGCUCGCAUUCGAAUUGUACCAUAGUGAGGACUCUAUGACCUACGGUCGCACCGUAAA